CAGGGAGAGAGGAGCCGACGCUUAACUCUAGGCAGGAGUGCGGCUGGGCGCAUAGAGAGCCGUCAAACCGUUUCUCGCAUCGAUCCAACCGCGUCGACGAGCUGUGCUGAAUCGGCGCGCACGCAGUCGCACAGUAAAGCUGCAUCACUGACAGCACACAAAAGCAAGACAAAAGCACAAAUGGGUGCGGGAGUGAGCGGCAACCAAGGCAAACCAUCCAUCCUCGCGGGCGCCGGUCGCGGCCGCGCCUUCGAUGCCGAGACCGACGCGGCCGCGCUGCGGCUCCUCGAAGAACAGAAACAUGUGUUCGCCGACUGGUCAUCAGUACGACAGAGCUUAGAAAAUGGUGCAAUCAUACAAGGCCGCGACCGCAACAUCCUGGACGCACUCGUGGAGCUCGACGCGCGCCUCGACUUAACAGCAUACACGACGACCGCGAAGCGAUUACUACAGGACGCGACGAACAAAGUAAAUCCCUUAGAAGGCUGGACGCCGUCCGUGCCGCAAGGCGAUCUGCUAGAAGCCCAUUCCGAAGAGUGGCGAGCCAUGGAGCGUGUCGGUUUGCGCGAAGUCGGUGCGUGCGCGUUUGUGCUAGUUGCUGGUGGGUUAGGUGAAAGACUAGGCUACGACGGCAUCAAGGUUUCUCUACCAGCGGAAAGCACGACGGGGACGUGUUAUCUGGAGUUGUACAUCAAGACGAUCCUCGCGUUCGAGCGUAGAAGUGCCACUACUCAACUACCUUUAUGUUUGAUGCUCUCCAAGGACACGGAAGCCGCGACGCGCGCUCUACUAAAAGAGCAUAACAACUUCGGCAUGCGUGCCGACCAGAUUUCGUUCGUGGUCCAGGCGGGCGUGCCGGCGCUUAGCGACGACAAGGCUCGUUUCGUGUUAGAUCAUGACAAUAUACUGUGCAAGCCCCACGGCCACGGCGACGUCCAUUCGCUACUAGCACAGAGUGGCUUACCGAAGAAAUGGCUCGACCGAGGGUUGAAACGCGUGUUUUUUUUCCAGGACACGAACGCGUUUGCCCUUCGAACACUACUCCCAGCUCUCGGUAGCGCCGCGUCGCGAAACUUAGAUGUAUGUUCUACAUGUGUUGAAAGGAGAGCGGGCGAGGCCAUGGGCGCCUUAUGUCUCCUCAAGAAAGAUAAUAAGUCACUGUUGAAAAACGUGGAAUACAACCAGUUGGAGCCGUUGCUCCUCGCAGCGACGGGCAAGGGCGACGUCGAGACUCCAUCACCGUACCCGGGCAACACGAACCAGCUCAUCAUCUCAUUACAAGGUGAGCACGGCUACGUUGCUACCUUAGAAAGGACGGGCGGUAAUGUACCAGAAUUUGUGAACCCGAAAUUCAACGCAAAUAGAACCUUCAAGAAGCCCGCUCGUUUAGAAUGCAUGAUGCAGGACUACCCUCAGUUACUACAAGGUGGUUCGGUGGGCUUCGUUACUUUAUCCCGGAAAGCUGUGCGCGAGUACGCCCCGGUCAAGAACUCUCCGGCAAGUGCGAUCGAUAAAGUGAAGCAGGGGCUGGACGCGCACUGCGCUUCUUCGGGUGAGGCCGACUUCUACGCGCUUCACGGCGAUUUUUUGCGUUGCGGUCGCGACGUCGUGAUUGGUGGCAAAGAACCUGGCGUAUACCGAGGUCUAUCUAUCGAAAUGCCGCCGCGCAUUGUUCUCUCUCCCUCGUUCGCUUUGAUUGAGGAUGAUGUCAUCAGUAAAGUAAAGGGCGUCACUGUGAAACAAGGAGCUACUCUAGUGAUCGAGGGCGAAGGCUCGGUCGAGCUCGAGGAUGUUAUAGUAGAGGAGGGUUCUGCAUUGCGCAUUUCUACUGGUGAAGGGGUGGUGCUGCGCGUGCUGGGUUUGAAAGUUGCGAACGCCGGGUAUCGGGUCGAGGCUCCGGGUGUUACAAAAGCGGAGGUGAUCCGAGGCUUCCGCAUUGUGAGAAGGGACGAGACUCAUCUGAAAUUUGAGGAGCCGGGGUCCUACGCCGUCGCGCCUUUGGAUUUGAGUAGUGACGACGAGGACGAAGACGACGCGUCGCGCCUUCCUCUAAUACUCGGCGCGGCGGCGGUGGCGGUUUUGGCUGUUCUGUUGAUGCGGUAUCGUAGGAUAAGUUAGACUUACAUUAGA